GGAAAAUCCUCUGGAAAAUUAAACCGCGGAAGCCGAAAAGCCCAUCCAGACAUGAUGGGGAAAAAAUAAAAAAGGCUCCGCGCGAAAAUGGCGGUGUAAUAAUUAAUUAAUUGAAAUUUUUCGAGUUUUGUAUUGGGAAUUUUUUUUUGGUUUUUGGUGCAAAUUUACGGAGAAAAUACGAGGAAAAUUAUAAGAGAAAUCAUGACUAGUCCGUCGCCUCAAAACAGCCCGAUGCCGCCUCCGGCGCCGCAAGCUCCCAGCCCUAUGGGGCCUCCGAACCAGAGCCCCUCGCCGCACAGCCCUUACCAGCCGCCGCCGCACAUGAACGUGCCGCCGCCGCAUUUGCAUCAGCCUCAUUUGCCGCCCGCCGGCGGUCAAGGGGGUGGACACGGACCUCCGCCGCACAUGCAGUCUCACCCUGGUAUGCCGCAACAUUCAAACCACGGAGGUCCACCUUCGCCUCACGGAGGCCCGCCACCUCCGCAACAACACAUGGGACAGCACGGCUUGCCUCCGCCGCACCCUCACCAUCAAGGACAGCCUCACCACCAAGGACAACCUCAGCCUCAGCACCAUAUGAAUUUGGGACCGCCGCCGGUGUCUCAGGCUCACAUGAUGCCACAGCAUCAGAUGCAUCAUAAUAUGGGACCACCUCAACAGAAUUCGGGGCCUCACGGACAGUAUUCUCAUCAGCCUCCUAAUCAUGGACAGCAUAGAGAACACAGAGAGAGUUCGCCGUCCCCGGGACCGCCACAGGGCAACCCUCAACACCACCAACAAAGUCAACAGCCCCAGCAUUCGCCCCAGGGACUACCUUCGCCCACCCAUCGCACCUCUCCAGGACCUGCCGCCUCUCAAGGGCAGGAAAAUUUACGAGCCCUUCAAACCGCUAUAGAUUCUAUGGACGAGAAAGGGAUGCAAGAGGAUCCGAGGUACUCGCAAUUGCUAGCUCUGAGAGCUAGAGCUAAUGGGGCCGCUGCUUUGUCUCAGAUGCAAAUGACUCAGUUGAGGAACCAAAUUAUGGCCUACCGUUACUUGGCAAGAAACCAACCGAUUCCCCAAACAAUUCUGAUGGCCCUGCAGGGAAAACGGCCGGACGGAUCUCCGUUGCAACCUCCGACUCCACCUCCUGGCCAGGAAGGUCCGAGGGACCCUUUAGAAGCUCCUCAAGAAUUACCCACCGGACCGCCAGUAUCGGCGGCUGGACCGCCUCCGCCUCAACCGAUGAGGCCGCCGCCGCCUACGAUGCCGCCUCAUCCGCAUCCUUACCAACAACACCAUGGACAUCCAAUGCAAGGACAUCAACAGCAAUAUAAGCCCCAACCUCAAAGACCAGGCCCGAUGCAAAAUGCCAAACAAGCCAGAAUAACUACGGUACCCAAACCCCUCGGCCUGGAUCCGAUUUUGUUGCUCCAAGAACGCGAAAACAGAGUGGCUGCAAGAAUCGCAGCCCGCAUGGAACAACUCACAAAUUUACCAACAGACAUGUCGGAAGAUUUACGGAUGCAAGCCCAAAUCGAACUGAGAGCUUUGAGAUGUUUGAACUUCCAACGGCAACUGCGCACCGAAAUUAUCGCUUGCACUCGACGCGAUACCACAUUGGAGAGUUCUGUUAACAUGAAAGCUUACAAAAGAACCAAAAGACAAGGCCUAAGAGAGGCCAGAGCAACUGAAAAAUUAGAAAAACAACAAAAACUGGAAGCCGAAAGGAAGCGUAGGCAAAAGCACCAAGAGUUCCUCAACUCAGUCUUGCAGCACGGCAAAGACUUUAAAGAUUUCCACAGGAACAAUCAGGCGAAAAUGGGCAAACUUAAUAAAGCCAUUUUGAACUAUCACGCCAACGCCGAAAGAGAGCAAAAGAAGGAACAGGAACGAAUUGAAAAGGAACGUAUGAGGCGGUUGAUGGCUGAAGAUGAAGAAGGCUACAGGAAGUUGAUCGAUCAGAAAAAGGAUAAAAGGUUGGCAUUUUUGUUAUCGCAAACUGAUGAGUAUAUUGCCAGUUUGACUGAGAUGGUGAAGCAACAUAAAGUUGAGCAACGGAAGAAACAGCACGAGGAAGAGAGACGCAAAAAGAGGAAACGAAAACGUUUGGCAGCCGAAGGCGUCCUAAUCCAAGACGACGAAAGCCAAGAAUCCGACAAACCGAUCACCGUAAUCGAAAUGGCAACCGGUAAAAAACUAGCGGGCGAAGACGCUCCCUUGAUGAGCCAGCUACAGAUGUGGCUGCAGCAAAACCCCGGUUGGGAAAUCGCCGACACUGACGACGAAGACGAGGACGAAGACGGAGGCGAUAAAUCGAACGAAACGGCCAAAAGCGAAGAGGACAGGGCUCAAUUAGUGAUCAAAAAAGCUAAAGUAGAAGAUGACGAGUAUCACAGAAGUAGAGAGGAGCAAAGUUAUUAUGGCAUCGCGCAUACUGUGCAUGAAAUGGUUAGCGAUCAAGCUUCUAUUAUGAUCAAUGGAAAGUUGAAAGAGUAUCAAGUUAAAGGCUUGGAAUGGUUAGUAUCACUAUACAACAACAAUCUAAAUGGAAUUCUCGCCGACGAAAUGGGCCUGGGAAAAACCAUCCAAACUAUUGCUCUUAUAACCCAUCUAAUGGAAAAAAAGAAAGUCAAUGGGCCUUUUCUUAUAAUUGUUCCCUUAUCAACAUUAUCAAAUUGGGUGCUCGAAUUCGAAAAAUGGGCCCCCUCGGUUAUAUUGGUCUCCUACAAAGGAUCUCCUGCUGGAAGGCGUCAAAUUCAAGGCCAAAUGCGCUCUACCAAAUUCAAUGUCCUUUUGACCACUUACGAGUACGUCAUCAAGGAUAAAGGAGUAUUAGCCAAGCUCCCUUGGAAGUAUAUGAUCAUCGACGAAGGCCACAGAAUGAAAAACCACCAUUGCAAGCUGACGCAAGUCUUGAACACUCACUACACCGCUCCUCAUAGAUUACUCCUAACCGGUACCCCAUUGCAAAACAAACUGCCAGAAUUGUGGGCCUUAUUAAAUUUCUUGUUGCCCUCAAUUUUCAAAAGUUGCUCCACUUUCGAGCAAUGGUUCAACGCCCCUUUUGCCACCACAGGAGAAAAAGUGGAACUCAACGAAGAAGAAACGAUUCUGAUCAUUCGACGUUUGCACAAAGUGCUGAGGCCUUUUUUGCUCAGAAGAUUAAAAAAAGAAGUUGAAUCUCAAUUGCCCGACAAAGUCGAAUAUAUUAUUAAAUGCGACAUGUCUGGGCUACAAAGAGUAUUAUACAGACAUAUGCAAAGCAAAGGUGUACUAUUGACUGAUGGAUCAGAGAGAGGUAACAAAGGCAAAGGUGGAGCUAAAGCUUUAAUGAACACAAUCGUUCAGCUACGAAAACUAUGCAACCACCCUUUUAUGUUCCAGCACAUUGAGGAAAAAUGGUGCGAUCACGUUGGAAUUUCAGGUGGCGUUAUUUCGGGUCCAGACAUUUACCGGGCUUCUGGAAAAUUCGAGCUGCUCGACAGGAUUUUGCCCAAGCUGAAGCCCACCAACCACAGAGUGUUGCUGUUUUGUCAAAUGACUCAACUGAUGACUAUAAUGGAAGAUUAUUUGACUUAUAGAGGUUUUACCUACUUGCGGCUAGAUGGUACAACAAAAGCUGAAGACAGAGCUGAUUUACUAAAAAGAUUCAACGCCAAAAAUAGUGAAUAUUUUAUUUUCCUUUUAUCAACAAGAGCCGGAGGUUUAGGUCUCAACCUUCAAAGUGCCGACACGGUUGUUAUUUUCGACUCAGACUGGAAUCCGCAUCAAGAUUUGCAAGCCCAAGACCGUGCCCAUCGUAUCGGGCAACAAAACGAAGUCAGAGUUUUACGUUUGAUGACCGUCAAUUCAGUCGAAGAGCGUAUCUUAGCUGCUGCCAGAUACAAAUUAAACAUGGACGAAAAAGUAAUACAAGCAGGAAUGUUUGAUCAAAAAUCAACCGGCUCUGAACGGCAACAGUUUCUACAAAGCAUCCUUCACCAAGACGGCGACGAUGAAGAAGAAGAAAACGAAGUCCCUGAUGAUGAAACUGUCAACCAAAUGGUAGCACGUUCCGUUGAGGAAUUCGAAUUGUUUCAAAAACUCGACUUGGAGCGGCGCAGGGAGGAAGCCAAACUUGGCGCUUUACGCAAACCUCGCCUCAUCGAAGUUAUAGAACUUCCAGAUUGGUUGAUAAAGGAAGACGAUGAAGUCGUCGAUCCUUGGAACUACGACGAAACCGAUGUGAUAAUGGGACGCGGCACUAGGCAAAGAAAAGAGGUUGACUACACCGACAGUCUUACAGAAAAAGAAUGGAUGAAAGCAAUUGACGAGACUGAUGAUGAUGAUGAAGAAGAGGAGCCGAAAAAAAAGAAACGAGGCAAGAGGCGUAAAAGGGAAGAUUCUGACAGCGAUGCAGGGCCUAGUACGAAAAAGAAAACACGAGGCAAGAGUUUAGAGGAGAGCAAACUUAAGAGGCAAAUGAAGAGGUUGAUGACUAUUGUGACAAAAUAUAAUGAUAGUGAUGGUCGUUUGUUAAGUGAGCCUUUCAUGAAACUACCUCCACGCAAAGACUAUCCAGACUAUUACGAGGUAAUCAAAAAACCCAUGGACAUAGUGAGGAUUUUGAAUCGGAUCGAGGACGGCAAGUAUACGGAAAUGGCCGAUUUGGAACGGGAUUUCAUGCUGUUGUGCCAAAACGCGCAAAUUUACAACGAGGAAGCUUCACUUAUACACGAGGACAGUAUCGUGUUGCAAUCGGUAUUUACUAAUGCCAAAGCCAGGAUUGAGAACGACGGAGAAGAAAAGCAAGUAUUAUUAGAGGCAGACGACGAUUCAGCCAACAAGUCAGACUCUGAACUAUCCGCAGUAAAAAUGAAAAUCAAAUUGGGCAAAGGUAAGAAAGUUUCGCCAUCGAAACGAAAGAGGAUUUUCAAAAAAAUUAAUUCCGAUGACGAGGACAACGAUAUUGGUAAUUUUUAAACUUAUUUGUGAGUGAAUAAUAAUUGUUGAAAUUAUUAGAAGUAAGGUAAGCACUCUUUUUGCUCAUAUUAGCCGCAAUAAUAAUAAUUUAGAAGUUUUAUUUUAAUAUAGUCGGAUACCUCUUUUCUCAUCAUUGUUCAGUUUAUUUUUAUUCACCAACAAUUAUGUGAUUAUUAAUUGUGAUACUAAAACAAGAGGUAUCCUUAAACUUAUUUGGUGCCAUUAAAUUGGAUGUGAUUAGUUUGUUUAAGUCGGUGCUCAACUUUGAAUAAUUUGUUCCUUUCUUGCACAAAUUCCUGGUUUAAUUUGUUGUUAUUAAAAUGUAAAAUUUGGCUGUUUUCUUAGCUUAUAACACUUGGGCUUAAACGUUUUACUUACCUGUAUUAGAAAUGGUGUAAUAAUAAUUCUGAAAUAAAUACAAAUUAUUGUUUUAUUUUAAUGGAACUAAUCUUCCAAAAAACUGGGAGAGUAACUGUAAACUAUCUAUAUCUGAUAUUUUUAUUUAUCAUUAUUUUACCACUACAGCGUAUCGUAUGAAUAUAAUAUGUAUGUCCCUGUAAGAUACAAUUAUUAGAGUUACAACAUGAAACUUUAUCUACUACGCCACCUUAAAACUAUUAUUAAUAAAUCAAAGUCUGAAAUAAAAUUAAAAAAAAAAAAAAAAACGAAAAUCUAUUUUGUUCAAACAUUAUAGAUUGCAACUAUCUGGCUAAAAAUACAAGUUUAUGAGAAAGGUGUAUAUAAGGCUAUUGUGGCUAGGAACUUCAGCUAAGGCCUUUACUAUGAUAUUUGGAAUAUAUGUGCCCUUUCUCUUUGAAAAACAAAUGUGCAGCGUAGCUUUAAAUUUUAAACUAAUCAUCAUCAUCAUCGUCAGAAACAUAUUUCUUAACAACCCUCUUGGGUCUGCCUCUUUUCCUCUUCUCUUUCGGCUCUUUUUCCUUCUUUUUCUUGGGAGUUGGCUCCGGCUCUUCCUCUGAUUCCAUUUUAUCAUCAUCGUCGGAAUUAUCAACUUCAAUUUUAGACCGAGCAUUAGAAAAUACCGACUGCAUCACGAUGCUGUCUUCGUGGAUGAGCGAGGCUUCCUCGUUGAAGAUUUGCGCGUUCUGGCACAAAAGCAUGAAAUCACGUUCCAAGUCGUUGAAGUCGGUAUAUUUUCCGUCGUCGAUGUAGUUCAGGAUUUUGCUUAUGUCGAUCGGUUUUUUGAUUAUUUGGAAGUAUUCCGGGUACUCUUUGCGGUUGGGUAGUCUCAUGAAUUGGUCGCUCAACUGUCUUUCAUCCCUAAGAAUAAAUGUCAAAAAUGACGCUCAUCAACUUCUUCAUCUUCCUCCUAAGUUUCGCCUCGCUAGCCGCCCCAGUCGGUUUUCUCUUCCUCUUUGAAGGCAACGAAUCAUCUUCAUCCGACUCGUCCCUUUUCCUCCUCUUCCUGCCACGCUUCUUCUUCAACUUCUCCUCCUCCUCUUCAUCAUCAUCGUAAUCUCCGUCUUCGUCGAUCGCUUUGAGCCACUCUUUUUCUGUUAAACUAUCGCCGUAGUCCACUUCUUUUCUUUGCCUGGUGCCUCUGCCCAAAAUGACGUCAUCGUCUUCGAAUUUCCACGUGUCCACUUCAUCGUCGUCCUUUACGAGCCACUCGGGAAGCUCUUCUUCUUGAAUUAAGCGACUGUUCAUUCCAACGUUGUCCUCUUCGACUUUCCUGUCCACAUCCAUUUUUUGGAAUAGUUGAAACUCGUCUUCAUUUCUAGCAACCAUUUGGUUGACAGUUUCGUCAUCUGGCACUUCAUUUUCUUCCUCUUCAUCCGUUCCAUCGUUGUGCAAAAUUGCGUGCAAAAACUGUUGACGUUCUGAGCCAGUGGAUUUUUGAUCAAACAUUCCAGCUUGUAUAACUUUCUCGUCCAUAGUCAAUUUGUAUUUGGCUGCAGCCAAAAUACGCUCCUCAACUGAAUUAACUGUCAUCAAACGUAAAACCCUAACUUCGUUUUGUUGUCCGAUCCUAUGGGCACGAUCUUGAGCCUGCAAAUCCUGAUGCGGAUUCCAAUCAGAGUCGAAGAUUAUAACAGUAUCCGCGGUUUGUAGAUUCAACCCCAAACCGCCUGCUCUUGUCGAAAGUAAAAACAAGAAAAAGUCGCUGCCUUUUUCGUUGAAUUUUCUCAAUAAUUCCCCUCUGUCCUCGGCCUUGAUUGUACCGUCCAAACGCAAAUACUUGAAUCCUCUCCAAUUAAGAUAAUCUUCCAUUAUAGUCAUUAGCUGAGUCAUCUGACAGAAAAGCAACACUCUAUGGUUGGUGACUUUUAGUUUAGGCAAAAUGCGAUCUAGAAGCUCAAACUUGCCAGAGGCCCUAAACGUAUCAGGCCCUGUCAUAAUGCCUCCAUGAAUACCAACAUGCUCGCAAUACUUUUCCUCAAUAUUCUGAAACAUAAAGGGAUGGUUACACAAUUUCCUCAAUUGCACAAUGGUGUUCAUCAGCGCCUUCGAACCACCCUUGCCCUUUGAGCCAUGGCCCCGUUCAGAACCAUCAGUGAGCAAAACCCCUUUACUUUGCAUGUGUUGAUACAAGACCUUUUGCAAUCCACUCAUGUCACACUUGAUAAUAUACUCAACCUUUUCUGGCAAUUGAGAUUCAACCUCUUUUUUCAAUCUUCUAAGCAAAAAGGGCCUUAGAACUUUGUGCAAACGACGAAUAAUCAAAAUCGUUUCUUCCUCGUUGAGUUCCACUUUUUCUCCUGUUGUGGCAAAAGGGGCAUUGAACCAUUGCUCAAAUGUGGAGCAACUUUUGAAAAUUGACGGCAACAAGAAGUUUAACAAGGCCCACAAUUCUGGUAAUUUAUUUUGCAAGGGGGUACCAGUCAACAACAAUCUAUGUGGUGCCAAAUAAUGAGUGUUUAAAACCUGUGUCAACUUACAAUGAUGAUUCUUCAUUCUAUGACCCUCAUCAAUAAUCAUGUACUUAAAAGGCACUUUCGAAAGUACGCUUUUAUCCUUAAUAAUAUACUCAUAAGUAGUAAUCAAAACGUUAAACUUAGCUGCUCUCAUUUGAGUUUGUAUGGUGCGUCUGGCUCCAGGAGUGCCUUUAUAAGAAAUUACUUGUACUGAAGGGGCCCAUUUUUCAAAUUCCAACAUCCAAUUUGACAUUGUAGACAGGGGCACUAUAAUCAAAAAUGGCCCCAUUAUUUUCUUCCUUUCCAUCAAAUGGGUAAUCAAGGCAAUUGUUUGAAUGGUUUUACCUAGACCCAUCUCAUCAGCUAAAAUCCCAUUUAAAUUGUUGUUGUACAAAGACACCAUCCAUUCGAGGCCUUUGACUUGAUAUUCUUUGAGUCUUCCAUUGACCAUUAUUGAAGCUUGCUCUGUUACCAUUUCAUGGACAGUAUGGGCAAUCGAGUAGUAAGUUUGCUCUUCCUUAGCGUUUCUCUGAUAUUCGUCAUCUUCAAUUUUAGCUUUUUUAAUUAUUUGUGUGGCUUCGUCGUCGUCGCACUCCUCAUCUUUAUUGUUUCUAUUGUCAUCGUCUUCAUCGUCUUCGUCGUCGGUGUCAAUCAUUUCCCAUCCAGGAUGAGAUUUGAGCCAUUCUGGAAGUUCUCUGAAGGUAGGGGCGUUUUCGCCUUUGACUUUUUUGCCAGUGGCAACUUCAAUUACGAUUACUUUACGGUCAGGCUCUGCCAUUCUUUGCUGGCGCUUCUUCCUUCUUUCUUCUUCUCGUUUUUUGUAAGCUUGCUCUUCUUUGUGCUGUCUUACCAUUUCAGUUAAGCUAGCAAUAUAUUCGUCAGUUUGUGACAAUAAAAAGGCCAAACGUUUGUCUUUUUUCUGGUCAAUCAAUUUCCUGUAGCCUUCUUCGUCUUCAGCCAUCAACCGCCUCAUACGUUCCUUUUCAAUCCGUUCCUGCUCCUUCUUUUGCUCUCUUUCAGCAUUGGCAUGAUAAUUAAGUAUAGCCUUGUUGACUCUAGCAAGUUUUACUUGUGUAGCCUUAUGGAAUUCCCUAAACUCUUUAGCAUGUGUCAAUACAGAAUUGAGGAAUUCUUGAUUCUUCUGCCUGCGCUUUCUCUCAGCUUCUAGUUUUUGUUGUUUUUCCAAUUUUUCAGUUGCUCUUGCCUCUCUUAGACCUUGCCUUUUAGUCCUCUUAUAAGCCUUCAUAUUAACUGCAGUUUCCAAUGUAGUAUCUCUUCUAAUGCAGCCCAAAAUCUCGUUUCUGAGUUGUCUUUGGAAGUUCAAGCAACGCAACGCUCUCAAUUCAAUUUGGGCCUGUAAACGCAACUUGUCGCUUAUAUCAGAAGGCAAAUUGCUGACUUGUUCAAUUCUAGCAGCGAUUCUUGCAGCAACACGAUUUUCUCUUUCUUGUAAAAGUACAAUGGGAUCGAUACCACAAGGUUUAGGCAUUGUAGUGAUUCUGGUUUGUUUGCCUGCGGGCACCAUUUGGCCUCCAGUAGGUCUUUGUUGGGGUUUGUUCGGAUCGGCCGGGGCUUCGCCUUGUGGUUGAUCUUGCGAAAAAGGACUGGACGGAGGCGUCGGAAAUUGCGGAGUACCAUCGGCUCUUUUACCUUGGAGUCCCAUCAAAACUUGAUGCGGCACCGGCUGAUUUCUUGCCAAAUAUCUAUAGGCCAUAAUUUGAUUUCUCAACUGGCUCAUUUGGAUACCACUCAAUACGGAAUUGCCUUGCGUCUGAACAGUACGAGCUCGCAAAGCAAGCAAUUGCGAGUACCUCUGGUCGUCUUGCAUGCCUUUUUCUUCCAUCGUGUCGAUGGCUUUUUGCAAGGCGUUUAGAUUUUCCGAAGUGGGGCCCGCUGGUCUAGGACUUUGUCCGGGGGGCGGUUGUUGUUGCGGAGGUGGACCUGGCGAUGUUGGGUUUUGUCGCUGAGGUGGCGGAUAGCCUGGAUAAGGUUGUUGUUGAGGCGGUAGGCCUUGUUGAGGCGGUAGGCCUUGUUGAGGCGGUAGGCCUGGUUGAGGCGGCGCACCAUGCUGGGGCGGCAUGGAGUGAGGCGGUGGGCCACCAGGGUGCUGUUGUUGCGGGUGGGGUGGGUAUUGGCUUGGUGGUGGACCUACUUGUGGGUGAGGUGGGUAGCCUUGGUGGGGUGGAGGGUGCUGAAAAAG